UAAUGGUGGAUGCAUCACAUUUUGUUGUUUCUCCCUCAUUUAACCGCCUUUUCUUUACAUUUAUUUUCCUUCAUUAUGAAAAAAGUUAACUGUGUUGUUUAUUAUAAUCAAACCCAUAUGCAUAUUAUAUAGAUCGCAGUUGUCAUGCCGCGAAAACGGCCAACAGAAGCGUCGUGGGAUAGCAGUGAUGAUGAGCUCCUACAGGACUCUGGAACCAGUGCCUUUGGCUCCAGGAAGGAUGAGGAGAUUGACGAGGACGUAUUGCUAGGCAUCACCCCUGGGGACCAGAAGGACAACUCACUGCUCGAACUGAGCAGUGAGAUAGAGAUAGGCCUUGACACCAGCACAGGUGUGGACAUCCAGGAGCUAGACUAUGAGGACACAGUCCCAGACGAGGUGUCACUGGAUGGAGAGACAGAGAUAGAAGAGGCUCUGGUAGUUGAUGAGCAGCCAAAUGAAACCACAGCCAACAUGCAGGGUACCAUCGAGCUGGUCGCCCCUGGCAACGAGAGUGACAGUGAUGAGGAGAAGGAAGGCAGGAGUCGAUUCCAGACGGAGCGCCAGACGAUCUCAAUCAAGUCAAACUCUGUCUCGUACUCCAAAACGACAGACAUUCCUGACAGUCUGGAGGUGACAAAAGAGAUGCAAGAAGAAAUUGACUCGUUUGAGAAAAAAAGUAAUCAGAAAUUCCCGAGGCAAAACAAGCAGCAGCAGCAGCAGAACUUUCAGCAGCGACAACGAGGUGGCCAGUUCAGACAACCUAAUCCAAGAAACCAAAGAUACUCCCAGCCCCAGAGGCCCGGGUUCCAGAGGGGUGGUUUUCAGCAGGGUGGAUUUCGAGGCCCUGGCCCCCAGAACUUCCAACCCCAGGGGUUCAGCAGCACACAGGCAGGAAACUACCGCUUCCGGGGACCUUCUCAACAGGGCUUCCAGACCCCUCCUAGGGGCCCCAUGGAGAGAUUUCACUCACCUCCUAAUGGUGCCCCUCAACUCAGUGCCGCCCCUAGGGGUCAAACAGACAAUUACAUGGGGUUUCCACAAGGGCCACAAGGCAAUCAUCAACAGAUGCAAUCAACUGCUGUAGUGCAGCAACACUUUCAGCAACAUCAGCAGCAACAUAAUUUCCCAAGCACCCAAGAGUCCCCACACCUGCUUCCCAACCCCUCAAUGGGAGCCUAUCCAUCCCAGCCUCAGCCCCUGUACGCUCCCUCGGUCCCUACGCCCAGUAUGGGCUCUAACAUCCAUGUGAACCCAAACUUUCACGGACACAUACCCAGUGAGAUCAGGCCCCUUAUUCGGGUACCCCCUACCUCGUCAAGCCAGGGUGCCCAUCAGCAAUACGACCCGCAAUCUCAGUAUCAGCAGAACUGGAGCUCCCCUCCAGGUCCAGGAAGCUACUCCUCCACUCACCACCCCUCCCAGGCCCCUAGUCAGCCUGUGUAUGCCGCGGGCUCCCAGCCACACCCCCAGGGGUCACUCUUGGGGCCGGGCCCUGGACCAGGGCAGCCAGGCAUUUUGAACAACCCUAGACCAGCAUACCAGCAACAACAGCAUAGACCCAUGAGGCCCCAAGGACCUCAGCAAGGCUACAGGCCUCAGAAUCCCUCUGUGAGGCCCCUAUCCAGUCAGCAGUCAAGGCCUUUAGCCAAUCAGAACCCGAGAAAUGUCAGGCCCAGGGGCCCAGCAGUGGGGAAUGUGCGAGCCAUUAAUAUGAAUACAAUGCCAGCCCCACAGCGCCCUCCAGCCCCUAUGGGAGCCCCUGCUGGCUGGAACCCGCCCCCUCAACAGCUGAUCAACACAAAUGAGCCAAUAGACCCUGAAAAACUGAGGCAGCAACAGGAGCUGGAGGAGAGGAAAAAGAAACGAGCUGCUAGAUUUGCCAGUGUGACCCCUGUGGAAGUCAAGCCUGAAGAGGCCAAGGUCAUCAAGUUGACCUCUAAACGGCCUUCAAAUGACCCCAAUGAUGUUUCCCCAGCAAAGGUCAUCAAGAUAGAGCACAGCACAGCAGAAAAUGACUCCAAGGCUGUUGAGUCCACAGUAGGCCUGUCUGACUACGAGAGGGCAAUUGUAGAGCAGAAGAGGACGAGGGAGAGGGUUCUCAAGCAGAAGGAGUCCCACAGACUGGCUGAGGCUGCAAAACGCAGGGGACAGCUCAAGGCCAAACUUGCUAUGCAAGGGCAAACGUUAGAUGAUGUUACUGGACCAGUGCAAGAUGCUUCUCUAGAACAAAACAUAACUGAACAUAACAUAGCAAACAUUUCGGCUAGAGGUCGUGGCAGAGGUCAGCCAUCUUCAAGAGGUCAAAUGUUGGCUAGAGGUCAGCCAUCAGCAAGAGGUCAAACUUCGACUAGAGGUCAACCAACAAUGCAGGGUCAAGUUCAAAGCAGAGGUCAUAAUAUGAACCAUGGCCAGACUAUGAAUCGUGGCAACUUUCAUAAUAACAAUAAUAACAGUGUGAACAGCAGUGCACACCUAGGUCAACCAAUAAGUGUUCUAGGACAAUCUCAGUCUCCCAUGGUGACCCCUACCAGAGGUCAAGGUCAGAGAGGUCGUGGGAAUGUUAGAGGUCAGCUGAGGUCACAAAAAAGCUUCGGUCAGCUUCAACAAGUAAAAAUCAUAGACAAUGUAGACUUUGUUAACUUUCAUGGAAAAGGGGGGUCUUUGACUCCAAUGGGUGAUGCCUCACUGGGUCAAGGUCACAAUGAUGGAAUCCAAAUGACAAGUGGACAAAACAGAUUAGUCCGUAGUGCACCUGAUGAACAUUCACCUAAAAGGAGGAUAGUGAUUGACUCUAAGCAGUCCUUCAGCACUGUGGCUGUUACUGGUCUACCCAAGAAUGCAGAUCUCAGCAAAAUCAACAACAUCUGUAAAGGCAUCGGGAAUGUAAAGAUGUUCAACUUCUUCCCGGACGAGAGCAAGGUCACUGUCAUGUUUGGUGACCCGACCCAGGCAAAGGCCUUCCUGGCCAAGCACUCCAGGUUUAUGGUAGACAUGACGAUGCUGACUGCAAAAUUGGUACCAGACUCUUGAUAAGGCAACAACACGCACAGUUGAUACUAGUAGUUACCAUGGCAACUGUCUGCAGCACACAGCAUGAAAGAUUCCGUAGCAGCCUUGCAUCUGAGAGUCCUGGACACAUUCUUAUUAUACAGUUUACUGGGGAAUGUCAAGCACCUCGUACAUCUGGUGUGCGCCCAUGGUUCCUUUAAAACACUGUGCACAAGCAGUUUGUGGUUAAGUUUUAAUUGCAAUUAUUUGCUGGGUUAUGUGAAUAUAUAUGAAGUGUACAACCAUUAAUUUGGAUAUGCCUACACACGAAGUGUACAACAAUUAAUUGAUAUAUGCCUAUACAUAAAGUCUUUGACUUUUUAACAAGUUAUGCUUAUAUAUGAAGUAUACAUCAAUUAAACUAGAUUAUACCAAUAUACAAAGUUUACAGCAAUUAAUUAGGAUAUGCCUCUAUAUGAAGUCUGCAACUAUUAACUAUGACAUGCCCAGAAAUCAAGCAUGAACUCAGCAAGUUUUGAACUUUACUUUUGUGUCACUGCCCUAAUCUAAGAUUUCUAGAACUUUCUGAUGACAAAACCAUAGAAUCCUCCCAGAAUGCAUCAGUGGUGCGGAGGCAUUCUCCUGUUGAGACCUCUGACCUCUGUGAAAAGAGAUUCAACUCGUAAAAUUAUGAUAGACUUGACGUUAUUUUUGUUAUAUUUAGGCUUUAACAUGUAUAAUAUCCACUUGUUUCCUUGAUUCAACAUCUUCAAUGUUAUCUUAAUGAUAUGAAUUAAUUUAGGCACAUGUAUAAUUAUUUUCAUUUUUGGGCCCUAAUAUAUGAGCUGUAUACAUAAUAAUAUAUGUAUAAAAUUAUCUGAUUAUUCUGAUUAGUUAUGUUAACACAAAGAUUGUUUGACUCUGCAGUUGGAAAUAAAAGUGUGUGACUAUUCUGUGUAAUAAUGGAAGCUUCGAAUAAUUAUGUCAACCUGUGUUAAGGUGUAUUUUGUGUACAUGUUCCGGAAUGCAAUACAUGUAUGUGGUUAUUUCUACAAUGUUUGGGUACAAUAAUUAUUGAAAAUCAGUUUUAAAGUAGUUUCAAAUUUCACAAAGAUGUUUUAUGUAAUCAAAAAAAUCCAGAUUCCUGGAUUUUCUUAAUUUCAAAUCAUUUAGUUUAUUGACAACGUUUUUUUCCCUUAAGAUUAGUUUAUUUUGAAGCCAUAGUAUAUAUCUGUUAGAUUUAAAAUGUUUGAGUUUGCAGGGCCAGACAUAGGUCUGAACAAAUAAAAAAAUAAUCUUCUAUUAAGAUGAUACAAGUUAAAAAAUCAAGGUAUUUUUUUAAUUCUAAUUAUGUAUAAAAAACUACAAGGAAAAUUCGUUAAAAUUUCAUUUUUUUAGCUUAAUUUUCUUCCAAAACAUAAGAUUUACAUUUAAACAAUGUAUUGCAUUGUAUUCCAAUACUGGCACACUGCACUAUAUUGCUCAGAAGGAUAUUCCUUUUAUUUUUCAAAUCACAGCCUUGCCUCAAUAAGUUACCUUAAAUCAUAUAUUGUAUAUAACAACAUCAUUGUCACUUGCAUUGUUAAAGGCAGUGACCUUACAUCUCUAUGAAUAGAAUUAUACAUUAAUUUGCUCUUUCCGAAUUUCUUAUCACUUUUGUUGUACGUUUAUAAAUUAAUAUCUUGGUUAAACUCUGUAAAUGGCUAUUAAGCUAUUUAGCUCUUGAAGUGAGUGUAAUUAUAAGAUUAUCAGCAAUAAUAGAGUCAAUUAUAUUGAACUGUUUUUAAACAACAUAAAGGGACACUCUUCUAGAUGUGCUUUGUUUUAAAAGGGCCUUUUCACAGACUUUUGCAUGUAUUGAAGUUUGUCAUUAAAUGCUUUAUAAUGAUAAAUGUAAACAUAGGAUUUAAAAAGCUCCAGUAAAAAAACGAACAAAAUUAAAGACAAAAAAAAGUAACUCUCAGCUGGGCUCUAACCACUGACCCCUGGAGCACUUGAGUAAAAGUCUAUCGCUUAGACCACUCGCCCAUCCCUGCUCGUGCAAUGCGAAACAUACUUUAUACUUUAUAUAAGCAAUCUUCGUAGUAUCCCAAAAUAUAACGAAAACAACAGAACUCUAGAAAUUAUUAAAUUGUUUCGCAUUGCAACGCUUAAUAAAUUUCAGGUUUUUAAAUCGUCAAAAGAUACACAUAAUGGAUAUUUUAGAGCAUGCUAAAUGUUCAGUAUUACUGUUUCCUCUUACAUAUCAUAACUACAAUGAAAAUUUGCGAGUCUGAAACAUUUUUUUUUUGUCAAUUACCCAGACGUGAAAACGCCCCUUUAAAUGAUUUAAAAAUUAAAGUUCUCUGAAGAAAUUACAAUACAUAUGUUGUAAAAUUACUGAAACUUUAGCUUGCUUACAAUACCAUUAACUUCUUAGUGAGAACAAAUACAAUUAAGAGCGCUAGUCAAAAUGGACAAGUAGAUUUCAAGUUUAAUUUCGAGUCCUGAUUCUAUUCCAGCCUUAUAAUAAUUUAACUGUUUAUAAUCAAUGAUUAUUGGUUAAUGAUUAUUGGUUAAUUUGAUGAUUUUUUUUUUAGUAAUUAACUUCUGUUCAUUAAAUUUAAACAUAAGCAAAAUUAUUUUUAAAGAUAUUAUCAAUUAAAAGGUCCAAUAAACUGUUGAUUUUACAAAAAAAUGGAGAUACAUGAUGCUUUAAUGUUAUCCAAAAUUAGUUACUCAGUGUCAUUGAUUCAUGGAAGUUAUUCAUGAAUUGAUGAAGCGAGUUCAAUUACUGCAAAAGCGUUAUUUUUUGUCAGGCACUAAUUUUAGUUUAUUUUGGCUGGUUUGCUCAACCACAUAAUGAAAAAUUCAAGAAACGUUUUUGUCUGAAGUUUUAUAUUAGACAUUAUAACAAAUCCACAGCAGUAUCUAAUAGGGUUUUGUUAAAGACUUCUGUUUUAUCUUACGCCAUGCAAAUAUAUAGCAAUAUUUCACUCUAUAUUGAAGUAGCUGAUAUUGUUAAAUACCAAUCAUUUAUUUGAUUUGCUUGCAUUAUUGAUGCAUAUUAAUGAUGAGGAACCUGUUACCAAUGUAUUAAGUGUCACUGUUUGAAAACGUAAUUCCUGUUAUAGAUAAUUGUUGAUAAUGGAGUUACGAAUGAUAAAUGUUCCUUUCAAUAUAAGUAUAGGUUAUCCAAAUAGUUGCUUGAAUAGAUGAGAGGUUACUUUAAGACACAUCUAGAUAGCCUCAUGCUUUUUUCAAACUGUUCUAAAUGUGAGAACAGUGGAAUGUCCAAUAGCUGUUGUAGUAUGUUCAUAUGUUACAUUGAACAUCUCUGUUUUAAACUUAAAUGGAUUGCUAUGACUGUAAUAUGUGGGGUAAAUGCAAAGCAAUUUUGCUGUUGGUGUAUGAAUAGAUUCCUUUAUGUAAUAGUUCUCUUUAUGCUGCACACAGCAUCUAUAUGUAUUGUUUAUUGGGUUAGUAUACAUAUUUGACAGCAGUGUUGUAGUUACUAUUGGUGUGUAACAACUGUCAACAAUUAUUAAAUAAUAAAUGCACUGUUCUAUCAUGAUAUAUAAGCAGAUGAUUGCUCAGCUGUUGUAAUUUAUCCUCACGAUGUACAGGAUUAAGUAUUCCAGUUGUGAAGUUUAUCUUCUGAAUGCUUUAUAUGUAGACAGAAAAGUGUUGUCUAAAACUGUUUUUACUUUAUGGGUGCUUUUACAGUCAUUAUAAAAAAGCGUUUAGUAAAUGUUAAAAGGAUUUACGGAAAAAAUGUUACCAUAUUAUUUGUUUUCCCAAGUGUGCUAGCUUUAUGGUUUCAAAGAUUUCAAUGUGUUCCGUAAUGUGUACCUUAUUUCUGUUGUCUACCACUUAUAAUUACUUUAAAAUAUUAUUGUGUUGAAGGAACAUCUGUACAUACCUUAUUUAGUACUUUGUACAUACAGGCUAUAUGGAUGCACUCAUUAUGAAACAAAUACGGUGUUUGAAAAAAAUAUUUGGACAGCUAUUUUAGGUAUUUUGAUGCAUUCGACCGGCAUACAUGGACAUUUUAUUCAAAUGUGGCAUUGAUUUUUUUAGGCUUAUUAUAAAGCAACCUAGCUACGUGAUGUAAAGCCAUAUUCCUAUUUUCUGUAAACAUCAGACAAUGUGAUUUAUGUAAUAGGGAGUUUCUUGUGUUUAAAUACAAAAAUGUUUAUGAGUGAAAAUAAUCAUGAAAUGUACAGAGUUUUGUUUGUUGUUUCAUGUUACUUAAUGUUUUUAGUUCCUACAUUGUUUGUUAAGGGAAGUAAUUGUUGUUUAACACUUAAGAAGGUAGUUAAAUACAUGUGAUGUAACAUGAGGAAAUAUUUGUAACACGGUUAAGUAUUUCAACAUGUAUUAUUUUCUAGAUGUCUAUGCUGAUGAUUGUGUUCAUCCACAUAGCAAAUGUUACUGCAUAUAUUGGUGUGCACAUCACAAUAAAUAGUCAGUAGUAUCUCAUGUUCAUAAAUCAUUCACUUGUUGUUCUUUAGGUACACCAACUGUAAAAUAUCAUCUGCAAUUUUAAAAUGCUUAACCAAUGUUAAUAUUAUGAACACAGUUUCUGUUUAUUUAGUCAGAUAUAAGAUACAAUUUCAUUAUUCUAUUAAUGUUCAUCUAUAUUUUUCAUCAUACCUGUUACUCCUUCAUUGAACAUGGAUUCCUGGCUUAAUUGAAACAUUAGGCUUCAUUUCAAUGUAUUACCACACUAUGUCAUCAGCAUGGAUGCCCACAUGUUUCUCAUCAUCCGUGAUCACUGACAGCUAUAAAUUGGUACAUACAUUGGUACAUACAUUGGUACAAACAUUGGUACUAAUUGUAUAUACUGUCACACUCUAUCACAUAAGUCUUGCAUGUACUUGUAAUUUUAAAGUGUGUUGCCAGAUGAGAAAGGCAUUUACAUUUAAUUGAUUGAAUGUAAGCUUUAUUAUCUAUAAGUUUUGUAUAAAAAGAAGAUUAAUAUUAAAAGAAAGAUAAAAUGUCUCUUAACUGAAGAUAAGUCCUUUAUUAAUUACUAUUUUAUUGUUUGGGAGAGGUCUAGGAAACACACAUGUUGGGAGAGGUCUAGGAAACACACAUGUUGGGAGAGGUCUAGGAAACACACAUGUUGGGAGAGGUCUAGGAAACACACAUGUUGGGAGAGGUCUAGGAAACACACAUGUUUUGAGUGGUGCUCAAAAGAACAAUAAGGGGGAGGGGAACAACAUUUCUUAGAUGUUGCUAUAUAUUUUAUAUGGUUUAAUUUAUUUGUAAGCUAUUUCAGAUUCCUAAUAUUGAACAUGUUAUCUCAUCCAGAUCGGAAACUGUUCAAAGGGGAUUAAUGUCAGUAAUAAAUCAUGUUUGAAGCCUCUAAUAUUUUGAAUUUAUUAUCACUAAUUACAUGUACCUUUGUCAUAUUUACCCAAUCUACAUGGCAUUGUUAAAACAUAAUUGAUUUAAAAACUGUUCUCAUAAUGUGAAGUUUGAAAUUAUCUUUUUCUUUAACAUUUUGUCCAGCCUAUUGUCAUAAAUUAAUAUAGAUUUCUAAAUUAUGCUCAAAGGACACAUUCAAUUGAGUCUGGUUCUGAGAAAAUUGGGCUUUAUGCAUGUGCGUAAAGUGUUGUCCCAGAUAAGCCUGUGCAGUCUGCACAGGCUAAUCUGGGAUGACACUUUCUGCCUAAACUUGAUUUUCGGUAAGGAGGGACUUCCAUGAAACUAAAAAUACCAUAAAAGCGGAAAGUGUCGUCCCUGAUUAGCCUGUAUGGACUGCACAGGCCAAUCUGGGACGACACUUUACGCAGAUGCAUUAAGCCCAAUUUUCUCAGAACAAGACACAAUUAUUCUCAUAAGAAUUAUUAAGAGCCUAAGAGGAAUUACUUCCUCAGUUUUAACAAUUAUACUUACUUGAUGUUAUCAUAUUACUGACUUCCAAAAUAUGUCUUGUACAUACGUCUAUAAAUGUAUCCGACUGACUCUUACAGACAUUUUGCACGAGUAUUAACUGUUAAACAAAUGGACCUUACAGUUGUGUACUUACUUUGAUUGAUUAUGCUCAGUUGUGUUUUUGUUUGAUAACAUCAUUUUCAGGAUCACAUUCGUUACAUUGACUUUACAUAACUUAAGUUUGGAAUGUAAUAUAAACGAUAUGAGAAUGAAAUUAAUUCAUACAUAGAAUUGAGUGUGAGGUUAACAAAAUUAUUGAUCAAACUAGUUGUUUUUGAACUCAAAAGCGUUUGUUAAAUACCCUAAUUUAAAAUAUUUUUUAAUUAUCACAUAAUUUAUUAAUAACUCUUUCGGCAAAAUAGAAACUCUAUUAUCAACUUUAAUAUCUAUAUGAGUCUUACAGGCUUGGCGAAAUUUCCGGUCCUCCGGUCCUGACCGGCAGAUUUCCUUUUGGUCUGGCAGGUUUAACAAGAAUGUCAAGCCUGGCGACCGGCAAAAUGUGAAAUGAAUGCAAACAAAUCAUAUUUUUAACAAAGUUGAAAAUUCGAAGAGCAAAACCCUCACUACAUAAUGAAAAAUGCAAUCGCUCAUUGUUUUGAUGUUUGAAGUUAAAUGUUAUGUCCAAUAAGCAAAUCCAACUGGUUACACAACACUUACUUCAAACUCAGUCGCAAAAUUGGCAACUGCGUUCUAACAAAAAAGAUCUUGAAAGCUUUGACAUAUUUUUCGAGUAGAUAAGGACAUUAAAAUAUGAAGUUCUUCAUGAAGCAUGGCUCUAAAAAGGUUGUUUAUCAAAUAUAAGCAAAUUUCUACUGAUAUCUUUAUAACUGCACUCUUCAUAGGUCUCCAAAAAUGUUAUCAUUUUACAUUGUACAAGUAAGUGUCCGUUAACCACAAUUUUAUUUUCAUUACUUCUUCUUAGUUUAGUUUACGUUGUUAUAAUGCCUAAAUAGAUAUCAUUGGUCAGUUAAAUAUAGUUUGACCAAUUGGAUGCCCUGUAACAUAUUUCGUCAGAUGACGUUAAUGUACAUAGUUGUGUUGUUGAUUUUUUCGGUCCAGCUAAUUUUUCUCUGGACUGGCACAUUUUCUGAAAUGACUGUCGGGAUGACCGGCAGAUUUUUUCCAAUUUCACCAACCCUGGUGUUAAGCAUUGAUGGUUAACCAUUUCCCACUUAGAAGCAAAAUGAAAAUGGCUAUGUGCAAACAGCAUAAAACCAGAACAGCCUGCGAGUAACUCGCAGUCUGUUCAGGUUUCAUGCUAUUUGCUGCACAUCAGUAUCUUAGGUUAGGAAAUGAAGCCUUAACAAAUUGAAUCUAAUUAAGGUCUUAUAUUAAAUAUAAUUUUGUAAAAGACUACAAAUGGAUGAAAAUACGUAUCUAAGUGGUAAAGGGUUAAAUAGCUGAACUACUCUGCCAAAAAAGGCAAUGAAUCAAUAUAACUAAUAUCUGUUGAUUGCUUGAAUUCAUCAAAACUAUUCCGUUGUUCAUGAUAGUUAAUGAAAGAUUUAUACUGAAAAAUGAUUAGAAAGGAACUAACACUUAUUUGAGGGAACAUAAGGGUUCUACUUAGCAGGUUCUACUUAACAUUGUUAGAUUUUCAUCAAUCAGUUUGAUAAUUAUAUGUUGGCAUUCUCCAAAAUUCAUCAAUCAUAUUGACCUUUACACUUCAGCAUUUUCAGAUAUUCAUUAUAGUCAGUUGGACAAAAUUCAAUUCAACAGUUUCAGAUAGUCAUCAAUUAGUCGGAUAUUUUCACUAAAGCAUUUUCAGAUAUUCAUCCAUUUGUUGGAUAUUUUCACUUUAACAUUUUCAAAAAUUGAACAAUCAUUUGGAAAUUUUCACUUCAGCAUUUGCAGAUAUUUACCAGUCAGUUGGUUAUUUUCACUUCAUUUUUUCCCAGAUAUUCAUCAUUCAGGUGGUUCAUUUUCAAUUGAGCAUUUUCAAUUAUUAGUCAUAAAGUUGGAUAAUUUCACUAAAGUAUUUGCAUCAUUUGAUUCAUCAUCUGCUAUAUAACAGAUAAAUGGCAUUUAGCACUUUUAUGCAUGGAGAUGAGGUACCCUUUGGUACAACAGGGUUUAAUGCCUGCGCAUCAAGUGUCAUUCCAGGUUAGCCUGUGCAGUCUGCGAAGGCUUAUUAGGGACAACACGUUACACCUAAACAUGAAACUUCCUUAACAAAUGCAAUUAAAGCGAAAAGUGUUGUACCUAGCGUGUGCAGACUUCACAGGCUAAUCUGGGAUGACUUGCAUUAAGCCCGUUUGUCCCGGAGUGAGGGUCAUAUAUAAUACAGAACAUCAUCACAUUCACUCAUUCAAGGUGAGUUGCUUAUUCUACUACUUGAGUUGUUGUAUUGACUGAAUUAUACAGCCUUUUACAGCACACCCAGUGUAUGUUCAUUUAACACAUGUCCUUAUUUCUUUUACUAGGUAUGUACCCUCACAAUGAAAGACGAAGAUUUCCAUUGGCCCAUUUUGUUAAAUCUUACACAAGUUAAUUGUUAUUGUUUUUUAAUUUGUUUGUGAUUAUACUGUAUUUGUCUUGGAAGUUUUCUGUUGGUUUACACACAAUCUUGUCCAACAUGAUAUUUCUUAACUUUACAAUGUAAAACUUUCAAACUUUUCUUUAUAUUUAUUAUAUGAAGUUGUGUAAGUGCAAUUUUAAUUAUCAUAUGCUAACAUUUCUCUAUGUUUAACAAAGAUUGCUAUGUAUGUUUUUGCAAAUUGCUUCAUUUUUAAAGACAUGGAUGGUGAGGGUAUUUGUAACAGUUGUGAUUAGUGUGAGCAGUAUACAAUUAAUAUAUAUACUUGGUAUUUUUGUACUACAAUAUACCUGUCUGAAAUCUGUCAGUAAAAAUUACUUACUGUUAUACAUCGGAAAAUAAUAUACAAUUAAAACAAUUAGAACAGCAGGAAUCUCAAAUAUUUGCAAAUAUUAAACAUAUUUUUGAUUUUUUGGGGUAAAUUAGACUCUUCAUAAAACUUCUUUACACUUUUUUUGUAAAUUCAUUUUGCAUUUAACUGAUAUUAGGUACCUCAAUCAUUCAUAAAUGUUCACUUUCAAAGCAGUUAUUAAAGUUAAAAUUGUAUUUCGUUUACACACUUCAUAUUUUCACCAUGGCAUAUAAAGUACCAAGCAAUUUAAUAUACUUGUAAUAAUAAUAAUUCAUAUCAAGGUUUUGCCCUUGUUUUGAGUAUUGAAGAUUAUGGAUAUUUUUGUUUUACAAAUGUGACUGUCUGAAUACUUAUAGGUUAUUAGACUUUUCACUGUACAAUACGGAGAUAUAUUUGGACGAGCACACAGUUUGACGUCAUAUUGGACGAGCCGUUAGGCGAGUCCAAUAUGACUUCAAACUGUGUGGGAUAUCCCUUUCUUCAGCUCUUUGUUUCAUUUUAAUUUUGAUUUUAAAAUGCUUUAAUUGCAUCUAAGCUAUUUUCAAGACAAGCGCCCGUGUGAGUCGAUUAUAGUUCAUUCGGAUACUUUUUCUCGGUAAUGGCUUUUAUCGUUAUAAAACAAUUGCUUAGUGCACUGGUACUCAACUGUCCAAUAUGGAAAAAAUACAGACUUUUUGGAUCCAAUACCUUAAUAUUUUAGACGGUCACGUGGUACAUAUGAAGAAUGCCGAUUGGAUGAAUUUAUUGGAUAUAGAAUAAUAUUAUAUAUUAUAAUGUAUAUUUUGUGUAGUACCACAAACGUGUUCAAACUAUUUGCUCAGUAUUAUCUGACUUCACCGUAUUUUAUCAAGCAAGGUUUUUGUUUUAGCUUGCUACUCAUAUUGGUACUUGUAUAAGACUGGUCACAGUCUACACUAGGGGGGCAUAUUGUGUUUGCCCUGUCUGUUGAUUUGUUGGUUUGUUUGUUUGCAUCAAACUUUAAUAUUGGCCAUAAUUUUAAAUAUUGAAGAUAGCAAUUUGAUAUUUGGCAUGCAUGUGUAUCUCACGAAGCUGCACCUUUUGAGUGGUGAAAGUUCAAGGUCAUCCUUCAAGGUCAAAUAUAUGGGGGUUUCACAAACACAACUUGUUUAAACAUGUUCUUGUCGUCCAGGGUUUUUUAUAGUUCUAUUUUUUAUUGACCGAAGGUAAGUAUUAUGGCUGCAUUUCUUGAUCAGGAUCUUUUAUGUGAUGGUUAAGUUUGUGACAAUUAACGACAAUGUUUUUAUGCAAAUUUAUUAAUUGUUUUGUAUUGUGUACUUGUAUAAACAUAUUCCUAUGUGCUAUUUAUUUAUUUAAAUAAAUAAAUUGAUUUUUUUACUGGA